ACAAAUCACCAAUUUAUUUAUAUUUUUUGCAGGUUCAAUGUGGGGUUCUUCACGUCCACUUGCACAGAUUUGACUUUUUCAAUGCCAUUAAAAUAACAUAGAUUUACAUCUUCCCCAACAGCUAAUACCUGCCACAUUCACAAGUCAUUUAGAUUUCCACGUAGGACUCACCAACCCCCAAUUUCUUACCAACUUUUUUGCGUAUUUAAACACCGAAUCAAAACCGUGAUUAACCAGAAUCAAAUUUUUGUGAUUUGGGUUUUUGGUUGGUUGGAGAUUAAGGGUGAUGGGUAGUCUCGGCGUGUUGAGAAAAACAACAAUGGUGUGUGUGCCGUUGAUGAGUCAUUCCGUCGAACAGUUGGUGGGUGAUAUGUUUCAGGCCAAGAAUGAAGGUGCUGACCUUGUGGAAAUCCGGCUUGACUUCUUGAAGGAGUUUGAUCCGGUGAAAGAUCUCCGGACGAUUGUCGGUUGUAGACCGCUUCCGAUUGUCGUCGUUUACCGACCAAAAUGGGAUGGUGGUUUCUAUGAUGGUGAUGAGAAGUCAAGGCUAGAAGCACUUAUGCUUGCCAAAGAAUUAGGAGCAGAAUAUAUUGACUUGGAGCUUCAGGUAGCUUCUGAUAUCAUGGAAGAACACAAGCUUGGUCAGCAAAGCAGUUCCAAGAUAAUAGUAUCUUGUUUUGUGGACAGAAUCACAUCUUUGAAGGAGGAUUUAAGCCAUCUUGUAACAAGGAUGCAAUCAACUGGUGCACAUAUCAUCAAACUUGUUGCGACCGCAGCUGAUAUCACAGAAUUAUCAAAAAUCUUUCAUUUGCUUUCACAUUGUCAGAUACCUUUGAUUGCAUACUCAACGGGGGAGCGGGGGCUAAUUAGUCAUUUACUAGGUCCAAAAUUUGGUGGUGUUAUAGUGUAUGGAUCACUUGAAGGAAAACAAGUAGCUGGUCUACCAACACUUGCCAGCCUUAGAGAAGCGUAUGGAGUUGAGAAUAUUGAUGCGGAUACGAAGGUGUUUGGGCUAAUCUCAAAGCCGGUUAGCCAUAGCAAAGGCCCUAUUUUGCAUAAUCCUACUUUUAGACACGUGGGCUUCAACGGUGUUUAUGUUCCAAUGUUUGUGGAUGAUCUUAAACAGUUUUUUAAUGUUUAUCAAAGUCCCGACUUUGCGGGUUACAGUGUUGGAAUACCAUACAAGGAAGCAGUGAUGGAAUUUUGUGAUGAAGUUCACCCUCUUGCUCAGUCUAUAGGCGCGGUUAACACUAUUGUAAAAAGGCACAGCGAUGGGAAACUGAUUGGCUAUAAUACAGAUUGUGAAGCUUCUAUAACAGCAAUUGAGGAUGCUCUAAAAGCUCGAGGUCUCGUAAAUGGAGAAGCAUCCCUCCCUUCCCCUCUUACCGGAAAACAGUUUGUGCUGGCUGGUGCUGGUGGUGCAGGGAGAGCUUUGUCAUUUGGCGCCAAAAUUAGGGGAGCCCGCGUUAUAGUUUUUGAUAUUGACUAUGAUAGAGCAAAAUCACUAGCUCUAGCUGUGUCGGGUGAAGCUCGGCCAUUUGAAGAGUUGGCUAACUUCAAACCAGAGAAAGGUGCAGUCCUCGCCAAUGCAACACCAAUCGGGAUGCACCCAAAUAAAAACCGAAUCCCUGUUCCCGAGGAAACCUUGAGAGAUUACUCUGUUGUCUUUGAUGCUGUUUACACCCCUAGAAAAACUACACUUUUAACAGACGCCGAGGCUGCGGGCGCUAUUAUUGUUAGUGGGGUCGAGAUGUUCCUCCGGCAGGCGGUUGGGCAGUUCAAUCUUUUCACUGGUGGCAAAGCACCUGAGGAAUUCAUGAGAGAUAUUGUUUUAUCAAAGUUCUGAUUGAUUGAUUGAUUUAGAAGAAAAUAUAUUGAUUUAUGAUUAAUAAUCAAACAGAUCCUAGAGUUCAGUAUCAAAUGAAGAGAUUUUGAUAUGAACAUGGGUUGCUGUUGUUCAUUGUUUGGAUACAAUCUGGUGUAUAUUUGUAGACAGACCCCUUAUGUUGUACCAACUCUUGAUCAUCUCUUGAUUUUUUAUUUAAUAUUUUUUAUCCUUG